AAAAUUGUCAAUACCUCUUCAGUCAUCACCAUGUACUCAAGCUGUUUUUAGAUUAUUUUAUUAGAAUAAUAAACGUGCGUGUCUGCGUUAUAAGUCUAUGGCUAUUUGGUGUUAAACCAGUGGGAACUUUAUUGUUCUUGAUGGUUUCGGGUGACGAUUUCAAUGGUGGUCGUUUAUCGCGAAAAACUACUAGGUCCCCAAACCGAAAAUCUAAGAAGACCGAUGCAGACAUAGCAAAGGGAUCAGCGUUGCGAAAUGAUUCGCAACCUUCUGUCCACAAGAGGAACCUUUAUGUAGUCUCCUUCCCAAUCAUUAUUCUCUUUAAUUUGUUGAGGUCCGUUUUGUACCAGUUAUUUAUUAUUUUCAAAUAUUUGUAUUCGGCGUCCCAUCGUUUCAUUCAUAGGCCUCGUAAGAACGGCGAAUGUAACUUAGAAGUGGUGGUUAAAGACGGUGUUGUGUCAACUGAGAUCGCGCACAGUGAAGAGAUGUCGUAUAUAAACAAUGUAGGCCCCGGGGAUCCUCUUCUUGCCAAACAAAAACAUCAUCAUCGAAAAGCUUUUGAGUACAUAUCAAAAGCGUUGAAGAUUGACGAAGAAAAUGAGGGACAAAAAGAAUUAGCAAUAGAACUGUACAAGAAAGGUAUCUAUGAAUUGGAGCGAGGGAUUGCAGUAGACUGCUGGGGGGGUCGGGGCGACGCCUGGCAGAGGGCCCAAAGGCUCCAUGAUAAGAUGAAAACCAAUCUAGGCAUGGCCAAGGAUCGUUUACAUUUCCUCGCCAACCUAGUCGCCCUCAGUAAGUUGGGGGUAGAGAGUGAGCCUGAGAGAAGUGAAAAAAGACCUACGGAGUCUCCUCUUAAAGUGAGAAGGCCAUUAGAGAAGUCCAAGACAACGCUACUAGCACACACAGAAAGUAACAGUGGUCAAACGAAGCCACCAAAUGAAGUCGCAGGUCGUAAGCUGACGACCGCGGGUCGGAGGGUACCCGGCGGGGGUCCUCUGAUGAAGUCUCAGACCCUGCCGCGAUCCAUGGGCAGGUCUUCGUCACAGCCCAACAGCUCCAAUGGCUACACCAGAUACCCUGUGAAACCAGCAUCAACACCGCCUGCUGUAAAACGACAGCUGUCGAGUGCAUACCAGGUACCAGUGAACGGGUCUCCUGUUCGGCGUGCUGCAGGAGGGGGCUCGCAGCGCGGGACGCCCACCAGAAGUAGAACCCCGCAACCCACACUCGCAGUUCGGGGCGUGGACCCGAAACUCGUCCAAUUGAUAUUGGACGAGAUCGUUGAGGGAGGCCCUAAGGUUCAUUGGGAAGAUAUCGCUGGGCAGGAGGCAGCAAAACAAGCGCUACAGGAAAUGGUAGUGCUGCCGUCGCUCCGACCGGAACUGUUCACUGGUCUGAGAUCACCGGCACGAGGUCUGCUGUUAUUCGGUCCCCCCGGUAACGGUAAGACGUUGCUGGCUCGAUGCGUGGCGGCGGAGUGUUCCGCCACGUUUUUCUCGAUAUCGGCCGCGUCACUCACCAGCAAGUAUGUGGGUGACGGGGAGAAGAUGGUGAGGGCGCUGUUCCAGGUGGCCAGGGAACUACAGCCAUCGAUAAUCUUCGUGGACGAAGUGGACUCGUUGCUUUGCGAGCGAUCGACGGGCGAGCAUGAGGCGUCCAGGAGAUUGAAGACUGAGUUCUUGGUGGAAUUCGACGGCCUGCCAGCCGCCGGCGCUGACAGGGUCAUUGUGAUGGCGGCCACCAACCGCCCACAAGAACUGGACGAAGCUGCUCUCAGACGGUUCCCCAAGCGUGUGUACGUAUCAUUACCUGAUAGCCGCACACGCGGGGCCCUGCUCCGGAGGGUGUUGACGAGGGGUGCUGCGGCGGCCGCGAUCAGUGACGACGAGCUGGCGCGCCUCGCCGCCCUCACCGAUGGCUACUCCGGCAGCGACCUCACCGCCCUCUGCCGGGACGCCGCUCUGGGACCCAUACGGGAGUUAGACCCGGAGGAAGUGAAAUGCUUGGACCUGUCGCUGGUUCGUAGCAUCACGUUCCAGGACUUCAUGGACGCUCUCAAGCGGAUCCGACCUUCGGUGUCACCUCUCAGCCUCGUGGGCUACGAGAAGUGGUCCGUGCAGUACGGGGAACUGGGAGUGUGAACCUAAGCCGCUUACAAUAAGGUAUUGGAUAAAAACAACACUGCGGUGAGUGAAACUAGGAAACAUCUAGGACGUAAAAAAUGUGUCGGGUCUACUUUGAAUUGUAUCCAAAUAUUCCUAGAUUUUUUAUAAAUAGCUCAAACUGUUUGUUAUAUCAAACUUUUCCCUUUAAUACCGGUACUUGUCACACUUCGUUGUUAUAUAGAUGUGAAACGUUUAAAUCUAGUCAAACAAUCAGGUUUUGACUUAAGUUGCCAACAAAACUCAUGGCCAUAGUCUUAAAAGACGAAAAAAUUAUGACCUCUAAGUCCAGCCCUGUUACGGUAAUGUAUAAUCCGGAUGAAUGAAGAAGUUGCUUUCAACGUUUUAGGUAUAAGGAGUAACGCUUACAAACUCGACACUACUUCAUUCAAUCGGCUUAUAUCGAGCUGCAAUCCCGUCCAGUCGAAAGGUUUCCGUUAAAAUAUAAACCCUAUGUCGUAGCGUUUAGGUACAACUUCAAAUUAAACCUUUAUCGGCUUGUUCGGACUGAUUUUUAAGUCGUCUCUGCAUUGCACGCGAUCGUGAAUCUUAUUUUAAUAGUCUUAGACGUAGUAUUGGUUUAAAUAGAAAAUGUAUUCCUACAGAUUUAACAACACGGCGAUAUUGAAUUUUGUUGCUAUAAUAGAAGAAAAUGCGUUUUAGCCAUUUUUAAACAACUCGGGAAGAGGUGGAAUGAUUGUACAUAUGUGCGUCUUAACAUUUACAUGUGUGUGCGUGUGUUCGUGAAUGUGUUGCUAGUUGUAAUAAUUUAAUUUUAUCGUUUGUUUUACGGUCACUUGGGUUUGAUUUUUUACGAUAUUUUUAAUUAUAUCAAAAUGUAUCAAUUUUCCUCAUAAUGAACUUUUUUUAUUAAUAAAAUUCAAUAAUACGUUAGAUUUAAAAAAAGAAUUUCUCAAGUUCCGUUGUUACUUUUUUUUUAAAUUUUAUUUCAUUCUGAGUCCACGGUUGUGUUGAUAAAUUGAAUAUGUUUUAAUCAUGGGAUCUGUUGAGUCCUUAAGUUUUAACAGUUGCGUUAUAAAAUUAAUAAUUUUGUUGUUGUUAUAAUUUAAUUAUGUUGAUUAUAUAUUUUUUUUUAUUUGCUUGUUAGUCGUACUUGCCAGUAAGUCGGAGGAAAUGAGUAUAUUUAUUAUAAAAGCCAUGAUUUGCUCAAAAUAUCGAUUCGAGCGUGAAUUAUCCUGAUUGUUCGUUGUGAAUCUUUCUCGUAUGGUGUAUAAGCGUCUGUCGUAAGCAAAAUGCAAACAGACCAGUUGAGAUCGCAUUUGUUUUUGUAAAUACUAUGUAAUAUCUAUUGGGGCCAUGAGAAUAGCGUUUGAUCGUCGUUCUUCAGUAUAUAUUACAAUUUCACGUAAUUUUCAUGGCCAUAUCUUAAGACUAAAUAGCAACUACCCGCAAAUUGUGGCCUUUCAGAUGUGUUGUCGGAAAUACAUAAAAAAUAUAACUGUAUUUUUUACUACUAUAAAAUGUACGUUUUUUUUUUAUGGUUUGGUAGUUUUGUUAUAGGUAACGAGUUAUUUGGGGACGUCAGUAGUUUUAGACAGUAGUACUAUUCAGUCUUAGGUAUUUCAAUGGAUAAAUUGUACUCUAACGAUGUCUUUAUUUCAACGACAGGGACAUAGCUAGUAGAAUGUUCUGUAGCUAGUAGAAUGCUGAUAUAAUUUUACUAUAGCUUUCUAGGGAUCAAACAUCGCUCGUUGACAGUCAAGUUGUAGAUAUUCAAAAAUUACUUAAAAAAUUUUUUCUUUUGCAAUGUACUUUAGUUUAGCAUUGACGGUAUUUUCGUCGGUUCUAAUUUAGUUUACAGUUAUAAUUUAACCUUUAAUUCAGUUUUAGCACUUGUUGUAUAUGACAUAAUCGAAAACCUAACAACAUUGAACCAAAGUUUUAACAACAUCCCAUUAGCCACUACAUACGACGAUUAUAUAUUUGAUAUAGCAAUAAUUUCUUUUUCACCCAAAAACGGUGUUUUUUUUCAUUAAAUUCAUUGAAGUUGUCGAUGCUAUUCCAGUACAUUGGUCGCGUCUUAUUUGUGCAAUAAAAAUUAUAUGACUGUUUUAUUUAGUCUCUAUGAAACGCUUAUAGCAAGAGAAUAUCUUCCAAACUAUAUCUCGUAUUGUAGAUUUUGUGUAUAUUUUGGUACAGUUAGAACUCUUCUUUAUAUCAUUAACUAUUAAAUUCAUUAAAAAAUUUUCGAUCUUUGUGUAUAUUUUAAUUAAUAAAGAUCGUCUAUUUGGGUACAUUCUCAAUAGUUAUCUUAAUUCAUUUCAGUAUUCUUGAUAUGGGGAAUUGAAAAUUAUCAGCCGAAUCUAACAUUACAAUGAAUUGAACCAACAGAUCAUACCAUGUUUAUUCCAAGUCAAAAUCGUCACACUACAUACGAAGCGUUACCGUUUUUCGUUCAGUAACUUUAAUAUUGUAAUGCGCAAAGAUUCAUAAGUGCAAAAAACUUUUUAUCGAUCCGUAUAUUGUGUGACGAUGGAAACUCAGACUAAGCUUACAGCUUAGUUAAAUGUUUUUGAACAGUUAAGCCGGAUCUACACGACACUGUCGUGGGGUCGAGUAAUUUUAAUUCGGAAUUUGAAUAUAUUUUAUGAACGUAUUACCCUUAUCUCAUAAUAUUAUUACGAACACCGACAGUAUAAUGUAAAUCGGGCUUUAUUCGUCAUACAAUCUGUUCGUUGAGACGUUGAUAGUUUUUUAUUUCCUAUGUCACAGAUAAAAUUAUUUGAUUCUUUUUUAAUAAUAAUAAUAAUAAUAAUAUUAAGUUUAUUUAAUUAAUACUAUUCUAAUAUAUUUUUAAUGUUAGCGUUUAUAACGUUGUGAACAUCGUCUUGAAUCCGGUUGUGCUGACUAUCUCACUUCAUACGCUAAAUGCAUACAAUUUUUUAAAUUAAUAUUUUCUUGGUUAUAUUUUAAAAUGUAUCGAAAUAAUUGAAUGUUUGUAAUCUUUUCUAUUUUCAGUAUUUUAUAUGAAAUGAUUCUAAACAAUAAUUUACGCUACGCUAACUAUUCUGUAAUGAUGUGACGAUCGAAAUUCAAUGUAUCUAUUUGAAUGCAAGAAGCUUUAAUAAUAUUCAUAAACAUUAAGCAUUGUAAUGUGUCUGCGAUUCGCUGUGAUAUAUUCUUUUGAUAUUUUCAUGCCUUUGUAUUAAAAACAAAAUAAAAAUGCCGUUAAAAUUCUCACUUGCAAAUUAUUCGGUACCCAUAGUACGGGUUACGAUAAAACCGACAGUUUACAAGUUACAUUCAUAGUUUUAUGUGUGCCUAAACUUUAAAUAUAACCCGUACUAAGGUUACCGGGUUGAGCGGCAUAUAUCGUUUAGUCUUGAGCUUAAAAAAAAACACGACUGAUCUUAUGAAUGUCCUUGUUUUUAUAAUUUUUCAUCAUUUAAUAUUUGUAAUGACUUGGCCGUUUUGUUCACGAUGUUACGUGAAGUUUCGACGUCAGACGGAACACGGACAGUUUAAAGUUAUUCAUUCGUUUAACUACAGUAAAAAGUAUUGUCACAUUUUCAUUCGUCACAUUUGCCUUCAUUCAACAACAGUGCUGGUAUGUGAGAGGGUUUUGUAAUGAACAUCUGGAGACUGUGUGUAUUCUGUCUGAUGACGCCAUUUCAUGAAGGAUUAGCUAAGAAAAAACUAAAUGUAUUUACUACGCCGUGAGUUAUAACACUGGCAAUGAUACGUAACAUAUUAACAAUAAGAGGAACAACAUUGCGUUAAUUUUCAUCUUUAGAACAAUCGCUCUGAUUUCUAUAUCAUUUAAAUAUCAAUACUGUGUAUUUUCAAUAAUUUUAUCGUAUAUGUCGACAUAUUUUUGCUACAACAAGUCGUGUGACUUUGAACAAAUAUCAGGCUGUGAUUCAUUGAUGUAAAGCUUUUUCUUAACUAUCAAAUAAUAUUAAAACGUAAAGUAAUAAGGGACUCACACCAAGACGAGUCCUUUAAACAAUAAACAGCUUUGCAGACCAAAUAUAACGAUUGUGUCUUGACGCCGGUUCACUGAUGCGAAGAGUCACAUCGGAACCAGUCGAUGCCGCGUCGAGUUUAUUAUGAUGCAUCAACGGUCGUACAAGUUUUUAAUUUAAGCGCACGAAUUUAUUCUUUACUAAAGUUUUUGUAUGAUUGAAUCGUUGUUCUGGUUCUAACGGAAACGUUCUAGAUGUAGCGCGUGAUGCCUGGGACGUCAAUGUACACAACGCAUAACAGAUACACGGUUUAUCUUUGAAUAAAACUAUUAAUUUGUGA